CAGUCAUAAGCCAACUGGCAGACCACACCUUGCAGCAGGUACACCCAGCAUGUCAGCCGUGAAGACCAAUGGAUACAAUGCGGUGAGGACGAAGGUAUCCAGCGACGAGGAAUUCUACAAGCGCACUGUCGCGCGGAUAGAGAAGAUCCAGUCACACUUGACGAACACCCCGCGAGGUUCACGGCUGAAGGGCAAAGUAUGCGUGAUCACUGGUGUGGGGUCAUUGAAGGGCAUUGGUCGGGCUACGGCUCUUCUCUUCGCUCAUGAAGGUGCUCAUCACCUGUAUCUGAUCGACUUCGCGCCCGACAACCUGCCCAAUCUGAAGUCCACGAUAGAGAAGUCAUAUCCUGACGUCAAGGUUACGACGAUACAAGCCGACGCAGCGGACGAAGCUGCUAUAUCCGGUGUGUGCAAACGAGCUAUACAGGAGGAAGGCCAGCUAGAUGUCUUCUUUGCCAACGCUGGUAUUGCCACGAACACACAUCUGCACGAUACCACGGCCGAGAGAUUCAUGGAGGUCAUGCGAAUAAAUUCUCUCUCUUGCUUCCUCGCAGUUAAACACGCGUCGGAAGCCAUGAUGAAAACCAAUCCCUCCAAAGGCAAGGAGUUCAGUGGUGGCAGCAUAAUCUUGACAGCAUCUGUGGCAGGGAUACGAUCCGGCGCCGGUCCGGUAGAUUAUAGCGCAAGCAAGGCAGCUGUGAAUUCGAUUGCCAAGACCGCACCGUAUCAGCUUCCCAAAUCUGACAUCCGAGUCAACUCCAUCUGCCCAGGACUCAUCGAAACCGGGAUGUCCGCCGCAACGUUUGAAUACGCGCGCCAGAGGGGCACGAUCACGAAAGUUGGGCAGCUCAACCCCACCGGACGCUAUGGCGUUGCAGAAGAGAUUGCGCAAGCUGCGCUGUUCUUAGCUUCAGACGAAGCAAGUUAUGUCAAUGGACAGAAUAUCGCCGUUGACGGUGGUUUGUCUAGUUCUCAUCCGGUUGUACCGGGCAGAUGGGCGUGAUCGUGGGUCAGUGCCCGCGAUCCAGCGUCGUGUAUGGAUCUGUAUUAUUCUCACCAUGGCUCUUGACAUGAGACUACCGUAUGGAUUACUAUGGAACACUCGCAUGGUACACAUUGCUCUCCUUUGUCUGAAUAGUGAUCCGAACCCUGAGUUGAUCCGCCCAGGCUUUGUAUUAUGUCCCCCGAAGCUCUACGGAGUCUUAUUUACGGCAUCCUGUAUCGUAGAAAGCCGGAAGUCUGGAGAAGUGUCCACUCGAGAAUGCCAUUCG